UUCUCAUUUACAGAUUCUCCACCUUCCUUUCCUUGAGGCUGAUCACAGACGCUGCAAUGGGAAACAAAAUGAUCUGGGUUCUGGCCAUUUUGACCAUUGUAGGGCUCAGCAAUGCCUUGCUGCGUAAGUGCAUGCAUUUUCAGUAUUUCUUUUAUCAUUUCUAUUAUAUGAAAAAUCAAGUGGCAUACAAUGAAGCUACACUAGCAGUGCAAGCCUCUGCAGUUCUGCUUGUAGCAUUGCAGCCAAAAUAUCAGUUCUAAAAGGCGGGUGAACUUUCUCUUAUAUAUCGCUAGAUCUGGCUGUCUUGAUGGGGUAGUACUGGAGAGCUAUCUAGGAAUGCAUUUCUGUGCGAUUCUAAUAAAAAGAAGGCUUCAUUCAUGUUUAUGUUUUAAGCCCCAAACCCUGUAUUUUGAAACCAAGAAAACCUGAAGUAGAAGUGUUUAAUAAUGUGUGAAUAUUAUGAAGUUGGUUUUAUUUUAUUAUAGGAAUAUAAAAAAUAGCUCACCCACAUUUACUCUCUGGUUAUUUCUAAAGGGGGCAAGAGGUGGGGGGAGAUUUGUCAUAGAGGGCAUUUAGGAUGUUGGUAAGUUUGCUCAGACAGGCAGAAAUCAGGGACAUGCAAAAGAACUGGAAUUGGUGCCAAGACAUUCCAUGUGGCAGUGGAUGGAUGCUGUGUCUUCUAACCAUAGACAGCUUCUGGCUUCUAAAUGUCCAUAUAUUCUAAAGCUCCUUUAACAAAUAUACAGCUCACACUAACCAAAUUAGCUCAUUAAAAAUAGAACUAAAAAGAAUGAAAGCUGGGAAUUUGUGGCAGCUACUGAAUCUUUUGUUAUAUGGCAUAUUAUGGCAUUUCCCCCCAAAUAUACAAACAAAUAUACCCAUGUCCAAUGUUGGAUAUGUAAUAUCUCAAAUAAAACCAUGUGGUAAGCUGAAUAUGUGUCUGAAAAUAAUAAUUUUGGUUUAUCUAUAUAUCAGGCUUUUGAACUGAUUUUGAUCUUAUUAGUGCGCUCAUAAUAAUCUAGCAACAAGGUUCUGGUCAUUAAACUUACGUUGCUGCCAUAACAGGCCAUUGUGUUAUUCUCAUGAAUGAAGAGAAGUUUUCUUCUUUUCUAGAGCAAUGAUAGGGCAGGUGCUUCUUUAAGAAGUUGUGCUUUCAUUCUUCAUUCUGAAGUGGGGGCUGUGUGGGUGGCAAACAGGGAACUCUCCCUUCUUCUGGUUUAAUAUGCUGGCUGUUUGCCAUAAUAAACGUUGACUGACAUUAAAGCAAUGAAUGAUGUAAAUACCAGGGUUACUUUUGCAUUAAAACUAUCAGUGUUAUUGUGACUAGAAUUGUAAUUAGUGUGAUGAUUACAAGAAGAUCAAAUAGAUGUAAUUGUUUUAUUUAAAAAGCAAAGGAGUACAUGAAUUUAUGAGGGUGCUUGGUGCCUAUAUAAAGAGCAUUCGUGAUCAUCUCCCUCACAGAAAACAACUUGUUGAUAUCAAACUUUGCUUUAAAUAGCUUCAGGACAAUGCAAUGUUCCAGCAAGAUCAAGAGAAAAUUGUGGCUACCCAGGCAUUGGUGAAAUUGAAUGCAGUGCAAGGCAAUGUUGCUUUGAUUCAAACGUGAUUGAUGCCCCCUGGUGCUUCAAACCCAUUUCAAUAGAAGGUUAGUAUCCACAACUCUAAUUCAUUUUUGGAUUCCAGUGUCAAAUACAAUUAAUGUGUGUGAUUUUUGGCACAUAAAAGUACAAUAUGAAUUUCUUGUUGUAAGAGCUUAAAUUAUUCUAAACGUUUUCAUUAACGUAACCUUGGCACAAGGCAGGACUGAAUCCCAAAAUCAGUUGUGCUAGUCUCCUUCUGAAAUUACAAGUAUUGGUGUUGUGCAGUGGCCUUGUGAUGCCAAAGACGUUUCUAAUUUUUCUAAUUUGUUAUUUUCUAAUUUGUACGGUGGUUCUCUAAUAAAGCAGAAAUCGCACCUGAGGGCUUGAUCCUCUAACAGAUGCAUGGAAUCUAGGGUUGCCAAGUCACAACCUGGGGAAGAGAGCUGCAUCUGAAAAGCUCAGCUCUGUAAACUGCUGCAGCCUCAGAGAUGCAUAUAUCACAUUCCCCAUCUCUCCAGCCACUCUCUCACACACAUGUGCUAAACCAGCCCUUUCCCAAACAGGUGCCCUUCAGAUAUAUUCAUCAACAUCCCAGCCAGCACAGCAAUGCUGACUGGGGCUGCUGAGGAUUGUGGUCCAAAACAUCUGGAUAGCACUGCUCUGGGGAAAGGCUGCACUAGAUCAGGUUGAAAGGGAAGGAUGGAGAAAACAGGUAGUUGGGGAUUUGUGUAAUUGGGGCAGAGAUGGACAGGGCACAGGGCUGGGCUAGCCAGAUGCAGAGGCCCCCAGAACCUUUCAAAGUAGAGUAGAAGAAGGAAUUUCAGGAGGUGAAGUUGGUAUGACAACUGCUCAAGGUGUGGGAGCUCUGUCUUCUUUUGUAGCUGGCCACCCCGUCCCCGAUAAAGGUAUCUGAGUAUUAUCUAAAUCAAACGAAUAACAUGACAUCAAUCAUGUUGCAAAAUUCCCCACACACUUAAAAGCAGGAGACUGGGAAGUGGACAUUGCAAUGGCAUCACACAUCACAAUGCAGAUUUUGUAUUAGCAGAUAUUAGUACAGGGAAGAGGUUAAAAAAGAUGAAUGGACUGCUCUUUUGGGUGGCAGCUAAGUGAGCUGUUCUCAUCACUACAAAUUAUAUUUAUUUUAUGUUGAUCAUUUGGGAAAUGUUUGGAACGUGCAUCAAUAUGUUUAAAUGAGAAAUUUUUUUAAAUGCUUGAGGCGAGAAAUGCUCUGAUGAAGUGGAUUGUGUGGCUGAUGUUAUUCUUUCACUUUCUCCAUCCAGAGUGCGUGUUAUAAGGAAGGGAUUCAGUGAUAGUGGGAACCACUUCUCUACACGAAGAAGCUGUGCACAAGGCACUUCAUCAUCGUGAAGCUGUUUCUUGACAAUGUUGGGAACUGAGAUCCUGCAGAAUUCUGAGAUUAAUUGACCCACUUAAACUAUGCUAUAGAUUACUUCUUCUGAUUCUUCCCCCCUACUGUUCAGCCCUUUGCUCCUUCCUGAAGCAAUAAAUCAAAGCAAAAGUGUGUUGCGUCCUUAA